CAAGCACAAGUUAGUGUGUAUCGUGACAGCGUUGUGAGAAGGUGGUAGUAUCUUGGUGUAAUAUUUGGUGCCGCACUAGUGAAGAUAUACUUUAGGUGAUCAAAAAUGGCUACCAGUUCCACAGAUGCGUUCAACACUCAGCUGGGUAACAGCAUCCCACUGUUCACUAAUUACUCCAUGGUGUCAGUCACUACAGGAGCUAACUUUUGGCCGACAGAAGCCACGUCAGAUUCCACGUCUCCAGUCUCUGAGAAUAACUGGGAUGUGGACGAAGAAGAGGCCAUUAAGAGGAGGAUCUAUGAACUCAAGAGGCAGUUCCACAACGGCAGAUACCUCAUCGUCCGCCACCUUCCCCGCGACGCUACAGAAGAGGUACAGUACAAAGGAAUUUUCUUUGCAGUGUCACUCAGCGCUUCAAACGUUCCCUCCCACCUUGUCCCACCAAGAUCGAUGCCUCACCGCUAUAAUUAUAUUUUAAAAUAGUAUGUGGCGUAGUGUUAUAACUGAAUCCAGAUGGAUAAUGCAGGGACGUCCAGGAACAUUGUAUACGCAAUUAAAACUUUAUAAAUGGGCAGAUGUACAAUGUUUU